AUGUCCCUCCAACAGAUCAUAGCCAGCACCGGAGAGCUUGUCUCUUUCUGUAACCCAUCUUCAUUCCCCUCACCGAAUGUACCUGGCACGAACAUCUCGAAUAUCAUCGCUGAGCCGGUACUCAACUUCUCUGGGGAGGCACCAUGGUACUACAACUUCAAUAACCCGGGCAUCACAGUGGCGAAUGCCACUUUCUGCAACGUGACGGUGACUUACGACCACCCCGGCCAGAAUGAUCUCACAGCUAUCCGCGCCUACCUGCCCAUCUCUUCGCCCGCCUGGAAUGGCCGCUUUCAGGCAGUCGGUGGAGGCGGGUGGGUUGCGGGCAUGGGCGAAGUAUCCUUUCUACAAAUGAUCGGAGCGCUGGGCAACGGCUACGCAACUAUAACCACCGAUGCCAGUCUGGCCAACCCGCUAGGAGAGGCGGAUUCUUGGGCUAUGGUUUCCGAGGGCAAUGUCAACCUCUACAAACUCCAGAACCUGGCGAGCGUCAGUCUGCGGGAUGAAGCACUGAUUGGGAAAAGUCUCAUUCACUCGUUCUACGGCGAAGCACCCCAGUACAGCUACUGGUCCGGGUGUUCGCAGGGCGGCCGACAAGGCAUGCAGCUUGCGCAGAGAUAUCCGGGACUAUACGACGGAAUCGCCGCCAGCGCUCCGGCUGUCAACUGGGCCGAGUCGGUCACGGCCAUAUUCUGGCCACAACUUGUGAUUAAUCAGCUCCUGGGAGGAACAAAACCAGCAGAUUGUGAGGUCAAUCAUUUGACGGCCCUGGCGAUCGAGACUUGUGAUGGCUUGGACGGCAUUGUGGAUGGCAUUGUGUCGGACAUAGCGCUCUGCGAGGAAACGUUCAACGCCUUUGAUUAUGUCGGGACUUCCUUUACCUGCGCAUCCACCAACCAGUCGACGAGUGUGUCUCGUGGUGCCGCUGUAUUUGCUAGUGCGACAUGGCAAGGCCCGCGGACCGCCGAUGGCAGGUUUCUCUGGCACGGGCUCAACAUAGGGGCGCCUAUCACCGAUGCGGUCAAUGUCGGUAACAGGCAGGCAAUCGGCGCCGAAUGGCUGCGGCUCUUUGUCAAGAAGAACUCGACCUUUGAUGUCAACUCCAUGACUCUAGAUGAGUACGAGUGGCUGUUUCACAGGGGCGUUGCAGAAUACGACAGCAUCAUCGGGACCAGCGAUGCCAACCUGAGAGAGUUCAAGCGCCGGAAUGGGAAGCUGAUGACGUUCCAUGGCCUGUGGGAUCAAACAUUGCCAACCAAGGCUACGGAAGAUUACUUUGAUCGUGUGUCAGAGAUGACUGGCGCAGAAGCUGCGGACUUUGCGCGCCUGUUUGUCGUGCCGGGACUCUAUCACUGUGCCGGCGGCCCUGGUGGACAGCCAACUGCCUUAUUUUCAGCUCUUACGAACUGGGUUGAGAACGGGACUGCCCCAGAUACUGUGCCCAUAUCUUUCAUCGACCAAAACAACACAACGAAUGAAAGGAUUCUUUGCCCCCAUCCAAGCAGGGCUGUCUGGGAUGGGACGGGGCCGACAUCUAAGGCCUCGAGCUUUUACUGCACUGAGAGAUAG